CCCUUGACAUUCGUCAAAAUAAUCGGGCAAAGACAUGAUGUUUCAAAAUUUCAAGUAAAGUUAAAUACACAAAGUUAAACACAAUACACUACCGGACAUGGCUAAGGGUAUUCUUGGUGAUACACCCCAGGAAUUCACUGAAGAUAGAUUUGAAGAAACCACCAGGGUCGAAAACACUCCUAGUAUCAAACUGAGGGUGAUAGCUUCCUACGUUAUCCUCACCUUACUUUCAGCAUACGUAAUAUACGACUAUCGAAUCAGGCCUGAUUGUAUAUGCCGACCAAGACCCUAUGUUUUUGCUAUAUCAGCAUUUGGAAUAACAGGCCUAUACGGACUUUUAGGAGUAUUGAAUAGAAUCUUCCCUGAACUGAAAUGGAUGUACGAGAUACUGGAUGGCAUGGAAGUCCUUCUAUUUUCCGUUUUUCUGCCAUACAUAGCUGCCGAAUUGUGGACGAUGAACAAAUUCUUCAAAUGCUAUAAAUUUAUCCCGAAUAUUCUGGCGAGUGCUGGACUUCCAUCGGUAGAUUACUAUUACUUUUUCCAUAAACCUCUUUAUGUCUAUAUGGAAGCGGCUAUGGUUAUCGAAACAUUAACUCUGUACAGCUUUAUGGCCUAUAUGACCAACAUGAAAUAUUAUGUUGCAACGGCAUUGACGAUGUACGGGGCCUAUUUUACUAAAAUGAGAUUCAACAAGAUGCCAGUUCCAGAAUGUUGGAUGACGAAGACUGAGACAAUUAAUUAUACCCUUUCUGCAUGUAUUUUGUGCGCUUCUAUUUCCAUGAUAUGAGAGGAAACAGAGAUAUUAUAGGUACUAAAUGAUUAAAGAAAAUAAUACAAC